GAACGUCUGUCUCACUCUGCACAGCAGACGCAAGAGAGUGAGGCUCAGCGAGGAAGUGCACUUAAGAAGACACAGAGACAAAAGAGACCAUUCAAAACAAUCCUGUGGACAUUUUUCAAACAGGAUCUUAUAUGACCGCUGCUCCAGGGGAAACAAAUACAUCGAGAGAUUUAGAGGCAUUGAUUGUUUGCUCUUGGAAUUGUGCUUUUUAUUUACAACACUUUUUUUAAUCUCUGGAUAUUUCGAAAUUUACCCUUCGUUUUGUUGUUUUUAUCGCGGAGAUGAUGCGUUAACGUGCUUUGCCGGAACGGAUAUGUCUGACACGUCCAGAGAGCAAACGCUGGCCAAUGGCCCGGCCUCGCGGGGAAGCGGAGAGAGCGCCGGUGGCGGAGCUGUCUUGCGCUCCGAGCACUUUGACUUCCCUCAGCCGAGCGAUGGGGACCCGUUAAGGGGAGGGAUUUCCAUGUCGAAUAGUCACCAGUCGAGGUCACCGAUGUGCCGAACCUUCUCCAGGUCCUCUAGUGGCUAUUUUUCCGUCGACAGCGAUUCUGUGCCAGGUUCCCCUCUAAUGCCCAAUAUUUCCGAAGCGCAAGACGGCCAAAAUGAUGAGGUAUGGUUUGCCGAACCUAGCCAUCAGCGCGUGCAGAUGGAAGCACCUGACGAAGCCAUGGGGCGGGAGAUGGCGGUCGCACGGGAGCUGCGGCGCAUUGGAGAUGAGUUCAACCGUCUGUACUGUCAAGGGGCCGGUGCAGGCGGGAACAACGCGGCCCAGCUGCGCGCUCCCAAUGAACACGCCAUCGUCGUGUGGAUGAACGUCCUCAUCGGACACGUAGUACAGUUUUUCCUACGAAGAAGAUGAUUGACACAUUGAACGCCCAGCAGACGUGUAGCAGACGUGUAGCAUCCUACAUCACCCCCUUACCUGAUUGUAAAUAUGUAUAUAAUAAGGGAUAACAGCAGUGCUGCUCUUCCGCAACCUCUCCGGGUUUCGGCGUACAGUUUUGGACCUGUCGGGAUGUGUGCAGACCUGGACGGAUACAUAUAUCGGGAAAACCUCGGCCAUCCAUAGACUGACUCACAGCAGAGUUUCCUGCGUUCACAUGGAAAGCUGAGCCAUUAGAUGCUGUGUGGAAAACGUGCCUUCAUUGCCUGUUUGCCCUUGACACAUCUUUCUUUUUUUGUCUUUACCCUGUCUUUCUCCAUUGCUUUUAUAUUUAUUUUCACUGUAUUUAAUUUGUACAUUUUGUGUAUAAUUUCAUCAACGUGGACGUUAGUCGGUCAAGCGAUGAUUUUAGUGGUUCUGUCUGUCCCUCACGUGUUCAUUGGCUCCAAGUUUGCACUUGCGUUUAGUUUGCAUGGUCUAUACAAAUCAGAAUAUGAUAAACCCAAAACAUAAAGUUAGAACUGAACAAUUAGAGACUGAACACAUCAACUAUAUAUAGAAAUUUGACCUUUUUAUAUAUCCUCACUUUGAAGCCAAAUGAUUAAAGGCCUUUUCACAUGACUCAUGUCAAUCCCAAUGCAUUGGGAAACUUUGAAGCGCUAAACUACUGCGUUGUAACCUUUGGUACAAAUGGGAGGAACACAUUAUAGAACAUAAAGAUUAGCCAACUAAUAUUAAUUAGAUGAUAUGAGGUUCACUAGUCUAUACUGAUUUCCUGAAAGGAAGACAUUGAUCAUUUGGAAGAAGCUUCUGCUUUGCACUUUCCAGAUUUGCACUGGAGCCAAACAAAAAUGGCAAAAACAAUUAUUAUUUCCCAAAAUAUCCCAUCCUUAAGGUGAAAUUUUGUGGCCGAAAUCCAGUCAUUUCAAUAGGAAUCCACACAAUUGGGAGUUUGAAAACGUUUCACAGAUUUCACUCGUGUUUAGGUUGGUCAUGCAAAUUUUGUCAUUUUGACUGACAGAAAGCUGCUUGGUUUGAUAGUGACUUCUGUGUGAGCGACAAUGGGCAAUAGACCUUUUUUGGCUUGUGAAAUGUAGCUGAUAUUUCACAGAAUUAUAACCGUUGAUAUUUUGCCUAUAAAGUAAUUGAAAAUUUCAAAUAAUAUUAACUUGAACCCGUUUGCUGCUGAACUUUCAAAGCACAUUACAUACAACACAACAUCUUGAGCUGUAAAGUUUUGUGAAUCUUCAUUUGACCAGUCACUAUUUUCCGUUUUUCUUAGCCAAGAAAAUAGCUUUGCCGUUACACUAUCUGCAACGCUUUUUUAUGCAAAGGUCAAAAUGCCGCUUAAUGCUUGUGAGAGUCAUGUGAAAAGGUCUUACAAACACCUUCAGGUACUCAUAAAUCUCAUAAUGCAAGCAUUGUUUUGUCAUACUUGUCACUAAAUCAAAUCGGACAGGCAAAGAUAGUGAGUAUUGUUGUUUUGACAAACAUUCCACAUUUAGUAUUUCGGUUUUGUUAGAUUCCUUGUUCGGUCUGUUUGUUUCUUUAUUAGAGCGUGAAAGUGACAUUUUGGGCUUGUAAUUUGAUGAUUCCAUUAAUGUUCAAACAGCAUGUGAUUAUGAAUUGUUUUGUAAAUCUAGUUUAGGUCAAGGGGUUUUAUAUGGAAUAGCUUUCUCCCAAAGUGAUCAUGCACAUGAAAGAAAUUGCGUUUAAGUGCCUUGCUUAACGGCACAAUUGUGAUAGAUUGGGAUUUUAUUCGCAGAAACAUUGUUUCUGGUUGCACCAAAUUUGGGAUUGAAAUUUGCAACCGUUCUAGUUAAAUGCCCAUGUCCACUAGCAAGUAGUGUGCACAUUACAACCACUGCUCAACUCCAGCCUUAACCCGAGUCUAACAAACUGGCCUGACUAAAUGACCUUUAACAUCCUCAGGGACUAAGGGAAAUACACCUGUGUAGAUUUCUUGAACAAACCAGUCUUCCAUCCUUACUUUGGCUUGUAGAUUCUCCUCUCGGCUUUGCCUUUUAUUGUCCCAGUAUUCCAGUAAUCAAUGCACAAGGCUCGGGACGAGUCGUCAAGUAUGUUGGUAUAACAAUGAUGUGUUUUUUUAAGUUGCAAAGAUUUAAAAAUGAACUGAUGUAUUGACUACCUACCAUGAAAGGUAUUGGUGAAAGUAUAGGAAGUUGGUUAGACAAUUCCACUUGUGGAAGACGCAUAGCCCUGUUAUCAUAUGCAUUUGUUUGUAUAUCAGUUUGAUGCUCUUUGCCAAAACGACAAUGUUGAGCUUGUCUACCGUUCCAGGUUUACCACUCAAACCAAAGACCUCGUUUUUCAAUGCAUAGUACCAUUGUGUCAUGUUGCAUGUGUUCAUUCUCUGCCUUUGCUGAAGGAUUCAAGCAGCAUUCCCGUUCUUUAGCCCUUUUAUUCCAGAACAAACCAUUUUUUUUUUUUUUUUU